CCCCCAACCGCCGCCAGCCCCCAGGGCGCCAUGAGGAGCCCGCGCUGCGCCCCGCUGCUGCUGCUGCUCCUGCUGCUCACGCCCCCCACCGGGGACGCCGCGGUCAUCACCGGGGCCUGCGACAAGGACCCCCAGUGUGGUGGAGGCAUGUGUUGUGCUGUCAGUAUCUGGGUUAAGAGCAUAAGGAUUUGCACACCUCUGGGCAAAGUGGGAGACAGCUGUCAUCCGCUAACUCGGAAAGUUCCAUUUUUCGGGCGGAGAAUGCAUCACACGUGUCCAUGUAUGCCGGGCUUAGCCUGUUUGCGGACUUCGUUUAACCGGUUUAAUUGUUUAGCCCGAAAGUAAUCACUUUAGCGUAGAAAACUUUAAAUGUGAGCAGCCACACGAUGUCUGUAAAGUCUGUUUACUUGUGAUUGUGCCAAACAAAUACUAUGCCAGAAAGAAAUGCAAUUGCUUCCUCCCCUUCCCAAGGAACAUUUCUAUCUUUGACUUUUAAAUGAUGCUUUUUUUAAUUGAAAGAGGAUUUUAAUUUUGGAUAGAAAUGUCAAGUGGAAGGAAUAAUGGAGCCGGUUCUCAUUUCCCUGUUUGUGUUUUGGUUUGGCUUUUUUUUUUCAAUGCCAGUAAUUCAUCUAUUUUCACAAAAAUGAGUAGAAUAAGAAUCUGAUACUUUGUUAGAAAAGUUUUUUUUCCCUUAAUUCCCCUUCCCCCCAGCCGUGCCCCAACACACACACACACACACACACCUACCUACCCUUUCUUCUCUUAUGUCUCAGUCCUCAAAGAUUUCUAAGGCCCUUAAUUCUUCCCCUGUUUUCCCUCCCUGACCCUCCAGCAUUUUAAAGUAAGGGGUGUGGGGCAGGGUUCAUAUUUUCUAGCUCCCUGGCAGAAUCACUGAUAAGAAUCAAGCAUUGUCCCUGAUACUUAAACAGUGAAAGAGUGUGUAGUUGAACUUGACCCAACAACAUCUCUUACAUUGAGUGACAAUUGGGUGCUUCUGAAGUUUCAUGGAACCUGUCUAAGUAGGUAGACUUCAGGUCUGCUGUUUGAUGGGUGCGAGGAGAGAAGGAAUAGAACAUCAGGUUUCAUCCACAUUUCUAGAUUUGGGGUUUUUUAAAAAAGACUUUUCCAAUACGUAUUACAUUUAUUUCUUUUUCUUUUUAUAAUAUUUUUUUAAGUCUCAUGGUUAGAGAUGUUUCAGCGAAUGUCACUUGAAGAAGAGGUAUUGAUUUUAAUCUGGCAUAACACUAGAUACCUUUUGAAAAUUGGUAUUAAUGGUAUUAAGUUGUAAAUUAAACCUGGUUUGUAACCCAAAAGUCUAUUGUAAUGGAUUAUUGCCUGGCAUCCUGCCAUUUGUACCUGCAUCAGUAUUGCUGCAUAAAAAUUCUGUAUCAGAAUAAUGACAGUACUAUAUAUCAUUUGAUUUAUUUUAAUAUUAUAUCCUUAUUUUUAUCACAGUUGUCCUCAGUCUUUAUUGCAAGCAGAUUUCUAUUAGCGCACAUUCUAAAAUGGGUGCCGACUCCCAAGUUGGUGAAAUGGCAUGAACGGUAUGUGCAUUUUCAUUUUACAUACAGGAAAGUUCUGUUUGCAUGAGUUUCAAGGUAUUGCAAGAAACGAAGCAUGUGUUAAUCAGUGAGGUCUGGGAGCAUGAAAGAGAAUGAUGACUGGCCCAACGGAUGGUGAUCAGGAAUGAACUCCCGGGGUGUCACCAUAUGAUGAAUUCAGCAAAUAACGAUGGAGUGUUUGUCAUGGGUGGGCCAUGCAGGGCGCUAGGUGCCAGCCACACAGUGAUGCCCAUGUAGCCUGGCCUUGGAAAGCCUACCAAAUAUUGUAAAUGGAUUCAAUAUCGCAA